GGUCAAGCUCGCUGACCGAGGCGUCAGAAGCGCCUCAUCCCUAACAUAAUCUAGUGCCAUAUUUUCCUGCUGUUCCACAAACCGGCUACGCAAAUGCCUCGCAAGAAUCCUUCUGUCCUCCGGGCCCCGUCACAUCCUUCAGUGUUUCUUACAAACCUCCACCAUGGUGCGCGAGGUCAUUCUCGCCUCCACUUCUGACCGCAUGUUUUGUACAAGACCACGGUGACCGAGCUGUCGAUUCAGGUCUCAUGACUCCUCGCUGCACUUUGGUUCGGUCACUGACAUCGUUCCAGGUCCGCGUCAAUACGGGGUACCGCGUACAGAUUGCCCAGCAGAGACAGACUGGCGCCAUGUCCGGGCCUUCCACAGUGCUUCCAAGUUGUCGUACUCCAUCCAUGUUCUCGCCUACGUCUCUCCCUUGUUUGACCAAAUCAUCCGAGCGACGACUCUGUUCGCCAUGUGUCUUUCAGCUUUCUGGCUCUUUUGCUCACAUAUCAUUAUCAGUCGCGGCCCGAUGUCUCCACAGCCGAGAGAGGACCGAAUGAACCUGGGCAUCGCCCCUGUUUGUGCCGCCUUUUGCUCGUCCCUUUUCGUCGGUAGGAUUCUCCCGGUAAACCCUAUUUUUCACACCCCGACAAGCACACAAACUCCCCCCAAAGCCGGCCCUGCCAGACCACGCAGUCUUCUAUAUUUCCUUGGACCUUCUACUUUCAGCGGGCCUGUCCAGGGCAGUUGUUGGUCGGGAGCUCCAAAACCAUGGCUAUGGAUGGCAGGCGACGAUAGCAAGCCGCAAGCGGGCUUCGACUAAGUAGCGGCGACUUCGCUCGGACGAAUGAUCGAGGCAUGCCGCAUACAUCGAUAGCUAACAUUGUUCGAUCUUGACUUCUCUCCUCGGCUGACUGGACCACCUCCUCCCACUGCCGUGGGGGCUUUGCGACCUUCUGUGACGGCGUAGUGCUGUGAAGUCCAAUCUAUCGCUGUCAUGGGCUUGGCUCUGUGUCACCUUUCGGCCGUCAUGUGUAGUAGCGUCUGCUUACCGCAGUGCCCAUCUCACCUCACCUUACGGAUACCUCGAGGUGGUCACUAUACGCCGCGCGCCGCACGCCGCAUGCCGGACGCCAAUUUCGUCUGCAGCAACGUUGUGUAACCUUCUCUAAUAACCCUCAUGUUGCUAAGUAGCAUUUGCAAGGCUCGGUUGGUGGUCAGCACAUCGAGGUAAAAGAUCCGUCCGUCAACGUUCCGUUAUCCCCCU